GAGAGAGAGAGAGUGUUAACCACUGUCACACCGAUUACAGCUUAUCGGGUCUGCGAUUCUGUCACAGUCUGUCCACUUGAGGGUUCUCCCCUCUGUGAACGGCACGCCUCUCGCUUUCUCCCGCUUGUGAGCUGUUGUUCAUUUAUAGACGCGUGCUUUUUUGUGGCCAGCAGUAUGGAUUUAUUCUAGUGCUUGUGGGACUCGGACAUCUUUACUAUGAGUUCCUCUGCAGUAAGCGCUUCCGUCAGAGAGGCAACUUUUCCGUGCGCCACGGCGCCGCUGAGCCGCUCGUCUCUCGGUGGGAAAGUUUACACGCAACCCCUCCCCGCCCCCCGGUUAACAUGGGCUCGCGGUGAAAACUCCCCGACAGUCCCACUUUCUUUUCUCUUCCAAACUGUACGACCAAAAAAGGAGAAAAAAUGCAGAAGAGCGUCCGCUACAACGAAGGACACGCGCUGUUCCUGUCGGCGGUCGCGCGUAAAGAGGGGACCAAACGCGGCUACCUGAGCAAGAAGGCGGCGGAGAACAGCCGAUGGCACGAGAAGUUCUUCGCCCUCUAUCAGAAUAUACUGUUCUACUUCGAGAACGAGCAGAGCGCGCGACCUGCCGGGAUUUACCUGUUGGAAGGAUGCACCUGCGAGCGUGCGCCGGCACCCAAGAUGUCCACCACUGGGAAGGAAGCGCUGGAGAAACAGCACUACUUCCUUAUCGUGUUUGGUCAUGAUGGACAGAAACCUCUGGAGCUGCGGACGGAGGAGGAGAGUGAGUGUGAUGAAUGGGUGGAGGCCAUCCAGCAGGCCAGUUAUUCUGACAUCAUCAUCGAACGAGAAGUGCUGAUGCAGAAAUACAUCCACCUUGUACAGAUAGUGGAGACUGAGAAGGUGGCUGCCAAUCAGCUGCGUACUCAGCUAGAGGAUCAGGACACAGAAAUUGAGAGGCUCAAAGCAGAGAUUAUAGCUCUGAACAAAACCAAGGAGCGAAUGCGGCCUUACCACGUCAACCAUGAAAAUGAAGACCCGGAUAUCAAAAAGAUCAAAAAGGUGCAGAGCUUCAUGCGGGGCUGGCUCUGUCGGAGGAAGUGGAAGAUCAUCGUGCAGGAUUACAUCUGCUCUCCUCAUGCUGAGAGCAUGAGGAAGAGGAACCAGAUUGUCUUCAACAUGGUGGAGGCAGAGACAGAGUACGUUCACCAGCUCUACAUCCUGGUCAACUGUUUCCUCAGACCUCUGAGAAUGGCUGCCAGCUCCAAGAAACCCCCCAUCAGCCAUGACGAUGUCAGCAGCAUCUUCCUAAACAGUGAGACCAUUAUGUUCCUACAUGAGAUUUUCCAUCAAGGCUUGAAGGCGAGGAUAGCCAACUGGCCAACUCUGGUGCUGGCUGACCUAUUUGACAUCCUGCUGCCCAUGCUUAACAUCUAUCAGGAGUUUGUGAGAAACCAUCAGUAUAGCUUGCAGGUUUUGGCCAACUGUAAGCAGAACAGAGACUUUGACAAGCUACUGAAACAGUACGAGUCCAACGCUGCCUGUGAGGGAAGGAUGCUCGAGACCUUCCUCACAUACCCCAUGUUCCAGAUUCCCCGCUACAUCAUCACCUUGCAUGAGUUACUGGCACACACACCUCAUGAGCAUGUGGAGCGCAAGAGUCUGGAAUUCGCCAAAUCCAAAUUAGAGGAACUGUCCAGAGUAAUGCAUGACGAGGUGAGUGACACAGAGAACAUCCGGAAGAACCUGGCCAUAGAGAGGAUGAUAGUGGAGGGCUGUGACAUCCUGCUGGACACCAGCCAGACCUUCGUCAGGCAGGGCUCUCUGAUCCAGCUGCCGUCAGUGGAGCGAGGGAAGUUAAGUAAGGUCCGUUUGGGCUCUCUCUCUCUGAAGAAGGAAGGGGAAAGGCAGUGUUUCCUCUUCACCAAACACUUCCUCGUCUGCACACGCAGCUCUGGGGGAAAACUGCACCUUCUCAAGCAAGGCGGAGUUUUGUCCCUAAUUGACUGCACACUUAUAGAGGAACCAGAUGCCAGUGAUGAGGAGUCUAAAGUUGGUGGUCAGGUAUUUGGUCAGCUGGACUUUAAGCUUGUUGUAGAGCCGUCAGACUCGCCUUCAUUUACUGUGGUGUUGCUGGCGCCAUCGCGGCAGGAGAAGGCUGCAUGGACCAGUGAUAUUAGCCAGUGUAUAGAUAACAUCCGCUGCAAUGGCUUGAUGACCAGUGUAUUUGAGGAAAACUCCAAAGUCACUGUGCCUCAUAUGAUCAAAUCCGAUGUGCGUCUCCAUAAAGAUGAUGUUGACAUUUGCUUCAGCAAGACGCUCAACUCCUGCAAGGUCCCCCAGAUCCGCUACGCCAGCGUGGAGCGGCUGCUGGAGAGGCUGACCGACCUGCGUUUCCUCUCCAUAGACUUCCUCAACACCUUCCUGCACACAUACAGGAUCUUCACCACGGCAACGGUGGUUAUGGACAAACUGGCCGACAUCUACAAGAAGCCCUUUUCCUCCAUACCUAUCAGGUCCUUGGAGCUGUUCUUUGCUACCAAUCAGAAUAACAGAGGUGGUGAACAUAUAAACGACAAAUCUCCUCGUCUCUGCCGCAAGUUCUCCUCUCCUCCCCCUCUGUCCAUCCCAUCCCGCACCUCCUCCCCUGUUAGAACACGAAAGCUUUCCCUCCACUCCCCCAUCACCGCCAGGGUUGGAGGCCUUGACCUGACCAGUCCUUUGUCAAACUCCAGCGCCAACACUUCCCAGUCUGCUGCCAGUAGCCCUACAUCUGCCCACACCCCACAGACCCCGACGCCUCAGACCCCGACCCCAACCACCUCUUCUCCUCCUCUGCCUCCCUCCUCUACCUCUCCCCCACCCAACAACUCCAAGCCACCACAAGACCAAGUUCCACCCAUUCCUUCAUCCCCGGACCAGAGUCCCGGCCCAACUGCAGAGGGAGAGGAGGUGCCCAGGAUCGACCCUUUCUGUGGAAAAUUGCGCCGGAGCAUCCGCAGAGCUGUGCUGGAGUCAGUGUCACUGGAGAAAAUCAUCCCAGAGUCUCCUCAGAGCAGUGAAGCAGGAGACAUGUCUCCAUGUCGCUCUCCCUCAACACCUCGACACCUCCGCUACAGACAGCCUGGAGUCCAGUCGGGGGAGAACUCACGCUGCUCAGUCUCUCCUGCCUCCGCCUUCGCUAUCGCCACAGCCGCAGCAGGACAUGGUACACCACCAGUGUUCACUAACUCUGAAAGAACUUGUGAUAAAGAGUUCAUCAUCCGCAGAGCUGCAACUAACAGAGUUCUCAACGUGCUGCGCCACUGGGUCUCCAAACACUCACAGGACUUUGAGAUGAAUGGGGAGCUGAAGAUGUCAGUGAUCUGUCUCCUGGAGGAGGUGCUCAGAGAUCCAGACCUUCUGCCUCAGGAGAGGAAAGCUACUGCGAACAUACUAAGUGCCCUUUCUCAAGAUGAGCAGGAAGAUGCCCAGCUGAGGAUAGAGGACAUCUUACAGAUGGCGGACUGUCCGAAGGCAGAGUGUUUUGAGUCUCUCUCGGCGAUGGAGCUGGCUGAACAGAUCACUCUGCUGGAUCAUAUUGUCUUCAGGAGCAUUCCUUAUGAGGAGUUCCUGGGCCAGGGCUGGAUGAAGGUCGAUAAGACAGAAAGGACGCCCUACAUCAUGAAAACUAGCCAACACUUCAAUGAUAUGAGUAACCUGGUGGCAUCACAGAUUAUGACCCAUACCGAUGUGGGCUCGAGGGCCAGCUCCAUAGAGAAGUGGGUUGCUGUGGCUGACAUCUGCCGCUGCCUCAACAACUACAAUGGAGUACUGGAAAUCACAUCUGCACUCAAUCGCAGUGCCAUCUACCGUUUGAAGAAGACUUGGGCCAAAGUCAGCAAACAGACUAAAGCCCUGAUGGACAAACUGCAGAAGACCGUGUCCUCUGAGGGAAGGUUUAAAAAUCUGAGGGAAACCCUGAAAAACUGCAACCCUCCAUGUGUGCCAUACCUGGGAAUGUAUCUGACAGACCUGGCCUUUAUUGAGGAGGGAACACCCAAUUUUACUGAGGAAGGUCUUGUUAACUUCUCCAAAAUGAGGAUGAUAUCUCAUAUCAUCAGAGAGAUCCGACAGUUCCAGCAGACUCCGUACAGAAUAGAGCAUCAAGCCAAGGUGACCCAGUACCUUCUGGAUAAGACUCUGAUCAUGGAUGAAGACACGCUCUAUGAUCUCUCACUGAAGAUUGAGCCUAGGCUUCCUGCCUGAGUUUGCCAGCUUUUUGUGACCAGUUGGGAACCUGCCAAACCUGGAACCCCAAGGGUAACGCACCCAUGUUAAUCUCAUCAAUCAAGAGGAAAUCAGGACGUUUUGAGAGUGACACGGAAAUGGAAAUAAGAGACUGAUUUGAGAGAUAUCUUGAGAGUCAAGAAUGAGGACAGUCGAACAAGCUUCAGAGUUUUUACAAGCGACUGAGGGAGCAUGAGAAGUGGACAGGCUAAGAAUGUCUAAAGAGUUGGGCUGAUUGUCUUCAAGGAAAACAAGCUGCAUUGCAUGAGGGUUUUGAGGAAAUGGCAUGUGGCUGUGUGUGCUCAUUAUUCCUCAGUGGAGAGUGUGGUGCACAAGACAUCACACUUCCUCAGACAGCCUGAGAGUGCAGGAAAGGCUGAGAGCAUGGAGUGAAUGAAAUACAAUGGAUAUAACAGAGAUGUAGCAUAUACAGAUAGUGUGACAGAGAGAUGUCUGCGCUCGUGUCUCUGUGCUGUUGUCUGUGUUCUGUUGCCUGUGCAUUUCCGUGCCAUGUCCUGGAGCAAGAGCCCACACCCACCCCCCCCCAAAAAAAUGCUUUCUGUCAUGAUGGUCACUGCAUAAAACUUGCAUGAUUUCAGCUUGGGAUGUGACUGUGUAAAUGGCCUUCAACCUGACCCCCGACCCUCACCUUAGCAUGCCUCACUCUUACCAGGGUGACUCUCUAAGCCACUAUGCAUCCUCAGUGGGCUGGGUAUGGCAAAAUGCCGUUAAGCCUUCAGAUAUAAUGUAGAAAGACACUAAAAUGAAACACUUAAGGAUAAUUUAAAAUGGAAAAUUUGAUAUAUUUGAUGAAGUGGCUGAUUUUUCCAUUGAUAAAACAAUUAAUUCCAUAUUUGUCUUUAGUCUGCAUUUCCCUAAAGACUUCCUAAAGAGAGCUCUGUUUUUUAAAAUGUCCGCAUGAAUGAUACAAAAUUAAAAACUUUAUCAGUGCCUUCCACAAGUGUAGGUCAGUUUCCCCACAGCUGCCACUUUACGAGCAUGAAGUUUUAUAUAAAUCCUGCUAAGACAAAAUUUUAAAUUUGGACUGUAGUUUCACUCAUUCAAUGUAUUUUUUUCAGAAAAUAGGUCAUGUAGACUUUACAGUAGCAUGUUAGUGUAAACUCAGUGAAGUCAUUGCAGCAUCUGAUCGUCAGCAAAUAUCUCCCUCUAGUGUUUGAACAUUGUUAUAACCUCUACUGACCCAAAGCUUUUGCAGUGUAUGUGUGCAUUUUGAUUGAUUUUACUUUUUAUUUUUUGGCUUCUACAAACUGUCUGAUACUGACUUGUGUAGUCAGGUCCCAGUGUGUAACUCUUGGACGUAGGCUGGGACAGUUUUGCACUCUCUGAGAUGUAGCUUUGCUUGAGUGACAGUAUGAUCGUUAUUUACCAUGCUAUUCAUUUCAUCAGAUACUGUAUUUAUGUUGUAUAUAGUGAAUCCACACAUAUCAUAUGAUUGAUGAAGGAAUAUUUUGAAUUGUUAUGCUGUGAAUAUUAUUUUUAUUAUUUUUAUUUUGUUUUGUUUUGUCUCUCUUGCUUUCAUGUUGAAUUCUAGUUUUGCAUCCCAGGCUCUUGUAUUGCAAGAAAUAUGUUUAACUUUAUUCUAAAAAGAAAAAGAUGUCUAUUCAAAGUUUUAAAAAAAUGUAGCAUUUGAAUAAUCAGAAAUAGUUUUUCCGUAUUGCUGAUAUGAUGAACGUGGUUGUCCUGCACGCACACAACAGCUGCAUGUUGUGCAUGUCUGACUGGAUGCUUCCUGUACCUUCUCCUUCUGCUUCUCUAUAUUAAUAUUGUCUCUGUAGCUGUCAGGAGGCUCUGUUAAAAGGCAUAAAAACAAUAUUUUGUCCAUCAAAUCUGGCACGUUUGUCUUUUGGUGUCGAGCAGAGUCCUUUGGCUAUGUCAUCUGCAAAACAGUCUGUCGUUAUGCAGUAGCACUGUUGGAAGUUUAUGCAGGCCUCAGUGAAAACAGAGAACUUUCCUCAUAAAACAAUAACCUUGUUACAGAUUGAUUAGAGGAAAUGUUUUCAGGCUUUGCUUUUGGGAAAACUUGUCCUUUGCUCUGCGCCUGUAAUUCUGAGUGUCUGUUUUACACACAGGUUUGGGAAGACUGGAUGCCAUGUUUAUAUUGUAAUAUUAUUUUUGUGUAUUUGUUUGUUUAUUUAUUUGUUUCCAUUUUUCACUCGUAGGUGCAGGGGAAAUAAAUUCAACAUGCCUUA